CCGCGAUCUGGGGAAAUACACACGUUUCUUCGUCGCGAUACUGCACCUCAUUGCGUUGUGACAUCGAUUCUCCUUUUGUUUUCCUUGAACGCGUGCGCAUAGCAGCACUUCCACUCCUUCUUAUUUCACCAUCUGUCGCAGCCCAACCGUCGCGCAGUUUAAUCCCGUUACUUCCGUAACCGAGCCCCUAAUUGGGUCACGCAACCUCGCGAUGCCGAUGAACACGCUCUCUGUCAGCGCUGCUGUCACACCGACUGUGAUAGAGACAUACAUCCUCCACUAUUUGAAUCGCAGUCCCUUGCGCCAGAAGCCUACCGCCCACAUCUCGUACCACGAAGGAAUCGAACUCAUCCGACGUUUCUUGCACUAUGCCUCGCUCCAUCCAGUUGAAGAGUUGCAGGCCUUCACGGCACAGUGGGUUCCCGUGCCUCACUGGGUGCACAAUGAAAGGGUCGAAAUACCGGAAGGGCAGCUACAGCGCUCCGCUCAGUACAUCAAUUCGCAGCUGGGCCCCAAGGGCAUCGAGGCUGUGGGUGGAGAAACUUGGUGGAAGUGGAGGCGCGAAGGGACAAAAUUGGAAGCUGAGUGGAUUGAGAUGAAGAAGGAUCGCGACGCCCGUGAAGCAUCGAGCAUGCCAAAGGGGCAGCGUAUCAUGCUGUAUGUCCACGGCGGUGCCUACUUCUUCGGCAGCGUGGAUGAGCAUCGCUACCAGAUGCAGAGACAUGCACGCAAACUCCAGGCUCGUGUAUUUGCUCCGCGUUAUAGGCUCGCGCCGCAGUUUCCAUUCCCCUGUGGUCUCCAAGAUUGUCUGGCAGCCUACCUAUACCUGCUGGCAGAAGGGCAUGACCCAAACACCAUUGUCCUGGCUGGCGAUUCCGCAGGCGGUGGUAUGGUGCUAACCAUGCUUGUGACCAUGCGGGACCAGGGUGUACCUUUGCCUGCCGGUGCCAUUCUAAUUAGUCCUUGGGUGGACCUUACGCACAGCUUCCCAAGUCUGAACGGAGAUGAUAAGAUGGACUACAUUCCGGCACAUGGCUUCCUGCACAAGCCCAGCAUCAAUUGGCCACCUCCUAAUGCCGACGACCUCAUGAAACUCGAAACCCCUACUCCAAGUGCAAACCAAAAAGGGGAAUCGUCUCCUCCAGUGUCGCUCUCAGGCGAUGGUAAAGAAGGUCGUGCGGCAGAGAAAGAAGCAAAGGCUGAGCGCGUGCGCGGCUAUUCGGUCACGGAGAAACCAGACAUGGCUGCAAUCAUGGAUGCAGGCCAAGCACCGGAUACAUGGCUGUCGCCGGACGGCAUGUACGGUUUUGGCCCAAAGGGCAUUCUAUCUUUGCAAUUGGACGACAAAACGAGGAUUGAGAUCAAGGACCAGAUCCAGCUGUACGCAGCAAAUCAUCUCCUGACGCAUCCCUUGGUUUCACCUGCUUUGCAGCCUUCGCUCGGCGGUCUACCGCCUCUCUUGAUUCUCACUGGUGGUGGAGAGUUGCUCCGCGAUGAGCAGAUAUAUGUUGCUCACAAAGCUGCACAUCCUGAAGCAUACCUGCCACCCCCAUCAAACAACCAAACUGCCGAGGAAAUUGAGGCGCAGGCAUCUAAGUACAAGCCGACAAAUGUACAGCUUCAAGUCUGGGACGAUCUCUGUCAUGUUGCGCCAACACUCAGCUUCACGCGACCGGCGAAGCACAUGUACCGCAGCAUUGCUCAGUUCGGCGCGUGGGCAUUGGCCAGAGCUCAAAAGACAUCCAUUGAUAUCCUCGAUGAUGACGAUAUCUCCUUCGUCAGUACCGACUCUGAGAGCGCCGCCGAUAGCGCGAAGCAAUCAAAGAAGAACAAGAAGUCUGGGACAGAGGCCGAGUCUCAUAUAGGGACAGAUGGAGUCAUCAACCCAGGCCAGCAUGAGGCUAGAGUGGGCAAGGCCGGUGAUUCUCUACCUCCAUUCGAGCAACACAUGAUUCGACAACGCAUCGAUCGACACGGAUACAUUUAUGCUCUUGCGCCAAAGGAGCAACUUGUGGCUCUCAAUCUUGUUCGCACAGAAGUUGGAGUGCCGAAGUCAGGCCCAGUCAAUAAGUGGAUGAAAGCAUCCCAGCAAUGGAACGGCAAGUUCUCAAAACAGAAGAUCAAGAUCCAGCAGCAGCGCAUGAAAGAGAUGCAGGCUGGUUUUGAGAGGUUCGAGGGUGAGAAUCCACCACCAACCGCUUUGGCUGGUAGGAGAGUCAAGAAUAUGAAGAAGGAGAAGGCAGCGAAGAAGAGUUGGGGAAUGAUGAUGUGGAGCUCCUGGGGCAGUAAGCACGACGAAGCUACCAUCGAUCGAGAAAACGUAGCAGACCAGACAACGGCCCCGCCUUCAAAAUCAGUGGUCACAAAUGAUCAGCUUGAAGCGGCCAGUCAAGCCGACACCGCAAAUGGCACUGAGCGCAGUCGAGAUGCAGGUCUGGCCCCAACUAAAUCCUCACGUCUGCGUUCGCGGUCCAGACACUCAACGGUGACCGAUCGUGGUCAAAUCAACAAGUCGGAGGAUGACCUCCAGAAGCUGUCGAGAGAGUUCUCGAGAGUCGCGCCUCCUGCCUCGGGCUUGGCUGAGGCCACAGUCAUUGCGCCCGAACGCUCACACUCUGGACUUCCUCCGCAGAUAAGCGAAACGCCAGGCGUCAUUGUCUCAGCAGAGCCAACUUCUCCGCCAACUAUUGUGCCAGAGACUGACGGAACGAGCACUCGCCCGAGCAAGGGUGGCAUCGCCUAUCCGUUUUCGCUCAAAGUUGACGGCCAAGGCCACCGUGCAAAUGCGAGCACAGUCACACUGCAGAGUGUGGAGCUUCUGACACCGCCGAUAGUGGAUGAUUCCAUGCAGCUUGAGGAGUCGACCGUCUUGACACCAGCAGCAGUACACGAAUCGAAGCAGCUUGGCGAUGCACUACCCACACCACAUGUGGCAGCAGACCCGAUCCUCCCAAAUAACAGACAAUACUUCACCACCGAUGCACCUGGUGCAGGACUAUUCAGCGGCCAGUGGGUCCCGGUCACGCCAGGUGCUGAGCAAGCAAACACACCCACUCUCGAAAGACCUGGAUACGAGAGAUUCGAGACAGCACAGGAGGAUCUGAGCACUCUCGCUGCUGCCCACAACACAAUUCUCCUUUUUCCCACCUCAAUUGACCACACCAUGUCUGUCUUCCGCGCAAAUGCCCGCGCUCUGAUCACCGGCGGUGCGUCAGGCAUCGGCUACGCCGUCGCCGAGCUCUGCCUCAAAGCGAGCAUGAAAGUCACCAUCGCCGACUCCAACCAAGCGACCCUCGACCUCGCGCAGAAGAAUCUCAAGGGCGACGUGCAAUGCAUUCAGACCGACGUCAGCGAUCUGCGAGCCUGGGCCAGUCUGAAGGAGAAGAUCGGGGACGUCGACUUCCUGAUGCUGAACGCGGGGCGCAUGGUUAGGGGCAGCUGGGGCGACAGCGAGUACUUCGAGAAGAUUCUCGAUACUAACCUCUACGGCGUGAUCAACGGCCUGAACACAUAUGUGCCAUCCUUCCAGGCACGCACUUCUGACUCCCCGAGCGCGAUCGUCGUGACGGGGAGUAAGCAGGGUAUCACCAACCCGCCGGGCAACGCGGCGUAUAAUGCGUCGAAGGCGGCUGUCAAGGCGUUGACGGAGCAUCUGAGCUUUGAUCUCAAGGACACGAGUACCAACGUGCAUCUCCUCGUCCCGGGAUGGACGUUCACUGGCUUGUCCGGUAAUCACCCUGGUCAGGCAGCUCAGAAGCCCGAUGGAGCGUGGAGUUCCGAGCAGGUCGCGCAGUACAUGGUGGAGAAGAUGAAGGCGAAUAAGUUUUAUAUCAUAUGUCCGGACAAUGAUGUCAGCGAGGAGACGGACAAGAAGAGGAUGCUGUGGAGUGUGGGUGAUAUCGUAAACGAAAGGCCACCAUUGACGAGGUGGAGGCCGGAGUUCAAAGAGGAGGCUGCGGAGUGGAUGGAAAAGCAGAAGGUUUGAAGUGCGGUUGAAACAAAUGACAUUCGUGGGUAUCUUGGAUAGAAUAUCUAUAGGGUAUCAUAAAAGUAAAACGCCGUAUGUGCGACCGCCCAU